CCCCACGGUUGUUUCCGUAGCCGGCUUUACUGGCUAUGAAUGCCGAAGGGUCUUGUAGUUUGUAAUACCGAAUUCUCCACAGGAAUCAUACCCAAUACAAACUACAUGUCCCAUCAGUCUAGCGAAGGCGAGCCUCAUCCACGGAGGGGAACCGUGGUUUGUUUUGAAAUCGAAUAUCAGGGUUAUAACGCAGAAACGCAGCCGGAAUGGACUUCCCCGAGGACUUCAACCAGCUGGAGCUUCUGAAGACCCAUGGACACCUGAUCCCCCGCGGGGCCAGCAGCCUCUGGACCGGGGAGGGUGUCGCCGGGGAGGAAGAGGAGGAGGAGGAGGAAGAGGAGGAGGAGGAGGAGACUGAGCAGUGGCUCUGUCAGAAGGAGAAUUCGCUCCAGGACCGCCCCGAGGAGCUCAUGCUCUGGGCAGCGGAGAAGAACCGGCUGUCGACCCUCCGCUCCCUCCUCGCCGCCGACCCGUCGCUGGUACGUUGCCGUGACGCCGACGGCUACACGCCGCUGCACCGCGCGGCGUACGGAGGCCACGUGGAGGCCGCCGCCGCCCUGCUGGCCGCGGGGGCAGAGGUGGAAGGCCGCACGGCCGACGGCUGGACGCCGCUGCACAGCGCCUGCCGCUGGGGCUGCGUCGCCGUGGCAACCCUGCUGCUCCGGGGCGCGGGCGCCGACGUCAACGCGCGCACGGCGGGGGGGCUGACCCCGCUGCACCUGGCGGCCGCCCACGUCAGCCAGCCCCCCGUGGACUCGGCCCGCACGCUGGAGCUGCUGCUGGCCCAGCGCCGCCUGCGGCCGGAGCUCCGCAGCGGCAACGGGGAGACGGCCGCCCAGAUGGCGCGGCGCAGCGGGCCCCACUACUUCCUGUUCGAGAUGGCGGAGGAUUGCGUGAACGUGGCCGCGCCACCUUCCCUUCCCCCCACCCCCGCCCUGCUGAACUAGAACUGACCUCAUUCGCACUCUCAAAGAACUCUGCUAGUGGGCCGCACACGCACACGCACAGACACAAACUGAAGGGCACAUUUGUGAAAUGUUUGGGAGACAAAUGUCUGACGGUUCACUUCUAGGUGGAGUGUUGAGUCUACUGUGUUGUGACGUUAUGUAUGUUAUCUGUGUUAUGUGUGGAAUGGACACCAGAUCUCCUUCGUAACAGUUAACUGAUGCUAUAUCUUCACAUAAAUAAAGCUUGGUCUAAUUAUG